GGACAUUUGCUACCCUUCCACAAGGUUAUCGAUACCAUUCCACCGGAACAAAUCCAUCAAAUCAAAUUGGAGGCAAAAGAUGAUAAGAACGACGAAGAUGAUGCCCCUCGAAAUAGUUUGUCGCUCUCCCAAACAUGAAAAACAUUUACCGUGUAUUGUUGAAAACAAUCAAGAAACGUGACAAUAAAACCAUCCUGAUAUGGAACAGUCCGAAUCGGAUAGAAACGGCAGCUUUUGGGUUAGGUCACGAACCCUUCGUUCAGCAUGGAUGCGAAGUGUCAACCUGCGUAGUCUUUGACAACGCAUCAGUUUUGCCACUGGAAGAUUACGAUGCCAUCAUCGUGAACAUUCAGGAACUGUGGAAAAUUGGCAUGCCCAAUUUUAAUAGGCAAAAACACCAAAGAUUGGUUUUCCUUACGCAAGAAUCGCCGACUACUCUACCAUAUUUCCAAUCCCAACUAGUUGGAAAUUUAUUCAACUGGACAAUGAGUUAUAAACUCAAUUCGGAUGUCUUGUUACUUUACGGUCGUAUCCGACCAGGACCAAAAGCUCCCAACACUCUUGCGGAUACGCACAAAAUGAUGGAAGAAAUGCAUUUGCAACCAGCUAGGAACUACGCUGCCAACAAAACUCGACAGGUGGUUUGGAUGGCGUCUCAUUGCAACACAAAAAGUUUGCGAGAGACGUACGUCCGAGAACUGAGUAAAUUCAUUUCGGUGGAUGUGUAUGGUGGAUGCGGCAAUUUUAGUUGUGAUAGAAAUGGCACCCACUGGCUAUCUCACCCAGAGUGUUACGACAAAUUGGAAGCUGAAUACAAGUUCUACUUGUCCUUCGAAAACUCCAUUUGCACUGAUUACGCCACAGAGAAAUUCUUUGAAAUUAUGAAACGUCGGGUGAUACCAGUGGUUUACGGAGGCGCUAAUUAUAGUGUCUUAGCACCCCAUCAUUCUUAUAUUAAUGUUUUGGAUUUUGAAACACCAGAAAAACUGGCUCAGUACUUGCGUUUCCUGGAUGAAAAUGACAUGUUCUAUAACGAGUAUUUCUGGUGGAAGCAACACUAUGAGGUUGAGGCUGGUGUGAAUCAAAUGGCGCGACAUGGCUUCUGCGAUCUGUGCAAGAAGCUUCAUCAGGAUGAGGACGUAAUCAAGUAUUAUCCUGAAUUGAUCUCUGAGUGGCAUCCAAGCACUCAGUGUAAGUAUUUUGGCUCUUGGGAAAGAACCACGACAACCACCUCUACCACAGAAACCAGUAGCACUACCCAAAGCAUAACGACAAGCACAAUAGCCACGAACAGCUCUAAUAGCACGAAUGCCACAGGUGAACAAUACACACCGAGAUUGCAUAAGAAUAUGCUCGGUUAUGUCAUGCAGCGACUUCUGCCUUAAGAGAUUUCAAGUCUUACGUCAACCAGAUUUGCUAACCCCACUGUGACACUGAAAAAUAACUCUGGCUACAUAAAAGCAACUAAUGCAAACGAUCUAAAAAUAUUAACGCAAAUGUAAAAUGGAGAACUUCUGCAUUUAUGCACACCUGUUUUUAAGCAACUUCAGUUAAAUUAGCCGUCAACCCAGUUACGUUGUUCUGGUGACAGCCAUUGCCUUUAUAGUAUUCGAUAAUUGAUUAAAAAGUUGUGUUACGCUAAUAAUUCAAAAAUUACUAAUAACAAAAACUG